CUUCCUCGUGCGGCAGCAUAACUUCAACUGAGCCCCAGCAUUACAGAGACUCUCAUCUUUCCGCCCGCACGAUGGACAUCUUCCCCCAGAUAUACAUCGGUGAGGAGGAGUCGGCUGGGCCCGUCCGACAAUUUCCUGGCUAUCAGUUUCCGGAGGCAUAUUAUGCUUCUCUGUCGUUCUUUCUGCACUACUCACCAUCACUUCUGCCGCCAGAGUUGCAUGGCGAUGGCGUCCCGUCCCCAAGCCUGAUUGAGGACAUGGUCUUCCCCAACGACAUAGGUGCUGUAGGGACGCGGCCCGGUAGUAUCUAUUCUACCACAGAGGCCGGAUCGGCCAUCAUGAGAACCGAGAUGCCGCGUCCUGCGGCAACGCCGCAGCCACUAACAGGCUACGCCGUGUCCCAACGCAAUGACCUCUCGGCCAGGGCGGAUAGGAACGAAGGCCCGGACCUAGGCUCACGCCGACCGCCCGAUAUUUCCUGGUUAGCAGCCGAUGCGUUGCCACCACCUCCUGUGUCCUUUGAGUGGGGUGCUUCAACCCUACCCCCGGACAACUUCUUCCUGCUUCCAUGGGCCGCAGCAUCCCCUUCAGCCACGGUUAGCGGGAUCCCCUUCGAGUUCGCCUCGUCAGUCGUCACGCCUAGCCGAGUCUUUUUGGAAGGCCAAUGUCUCACCUCUGACGAGCCCAGCGGACUCGUGAAACCGGGCACCGAGUUGGCAAGGCCGGAGGAACCAACAGGCGGCGACGCCAGAUUUCAAGCAGAUGCAGGAGAAGAUCAUAAGCCAUUCUCUUGUCCGUGGGACGGGUGGACGCUCUUAAACGACACCUCGAUGCACAGAAAUGUACCAAGGGCCGGCACAAAGGGAAUGCUCCAGGUUCUCCUGAGAGCGAAUGACUAG